AUUUUUGAAGCUGAAAACAAAAACAUUAACAAAACCGCCAAAACACGAUUCAGCUGAAAAUUUCGAAAAUAAUCAAAGAGAGCGCCAAAAUAAAUAAAAAAUCCAAUCUUUAUUCCCAAAAAUGUCUCUUUGCUUCUUCUCUUUUUCUCAACUCAUCUCUCUUCUUCACUCUCAUCUUCCAAGUCUCGAUCUCAUUGAUCUCUUCUUCAUCAAAUCAUGUCCGACGAAAAAGAGAAUUGCGUUAGGAUGACAAGAGCAGCAACGAAACGUAAAGCUGCCAUGGCGGCGACUAUAGACGAAGAGCGAAUCAGCAAGAAGAGAGUCGUACUCGGAGAGCUUACGAACUUGUCGAACAUUAAGAAGCCUCGCAAAGUAGCUACUAAGGUUAUUACAAAGAAACAGAAGAAACCAGUUUUGAUCCCGACGACAGUCGUAACGGUGAACUCAGAUAUUGAUAUGAGAUCUGAUGAUCCUCAGAUGUGUGCUCCUUAUGUUACAUCGAUCUUUGAGUAUCUUCGUGACUUAGAGGGGAAAGUAAAGUCAAGGCCUUUGAUUGAUUAUAUUGAGAGGAUUCAGAAAGAUGUAACUUCGAACAUGAGAGGUGUUUUGGUUGAUUGGUUGGUUGAAGUUGCUGAAGAAUACAAACUUCUCUCAGACACUCUUUACCUCGCUGUCUCGUACAUUGAUAGAUUCUUGUCUCUCAAGAAUGUUAAUAGAAAAAGGCUUCAGCUUUUGGGAGUUACUUCAAUGCUUAUUGCUGCAAAGUAUGAAGAGAUUACUCCUCCAAAUGUGGAAGACUUUUGUUUCAUCACGGACCAUACUUACACGAAACAAGAGAUUGUGAAGAUGGAAGCUGAUAUACUUCUUGCCUUGGAGUUUGAAUUAGGCAACCCAACAAGCAACACAUUUCUGAGACGGUUCACAAGGGUUUCACAAGAAGAUUUCGAAAUGUCACCUUUGCAGAUGGAGUUUCUUUGUAGCUAUCUUUCAGAGUUAAGCAUGUUAGACUAUAACUCUCUGAAGUUUCUUCCGUCAAUCGUUGCUGCUUCAUCGGUUUUUCUCGCUCGGUUCAUCAUCCGUCCAAAGCAACAUCCCUGGAGUGUAAUGCUAGAAGAAUACACAAAAUACAAAGCGGGUGAUCUGAAAGAAUGCGUGGGCAUGAUACAUGACUUGUAUCUGAGUAGAAAAGGUGGAGCUUUACAAGCUAUAAGAGAUAAAUACAAGCAGCAUAAGUUCAAGUGUGUGGCGACAAUGCCUGUAUCGCCAGAGCUGCCUCUUACGUUUUUUGAAGAUGUCAACAUCUAGAUUAGACAGUAUGGUCAUGGCCAAAGAUUGUAUAAAACCAGCAAGUGGUUUUGUUGGUCUUUUUUUAUUCUUAGUGUUUUGGGUUGUACAUGUCUUAGGACUUCUUCUAGUUGUGAUUAAGGAUCUUUAACUUCUCUUUAAAGAUUUUGGUUACAUAGUUAAUGAAAUUUUUGUUUGGGUUAUAAUUUAA